AUGAAUGGACAACAUCCUCGCCGCCGCCACAGCGGCCGUAGGGUGGCUCCACCGGCACAACAAGGACAACACCUCAAUCCUAACAUAUUCUUAAACCCCAACCUUUUCUACCUCCAACAGAACCCCAACUUUUUGCCUCACCUGAACCCCUUCCUUCAAAACCCUAGCAAUUUCCAAUUCCAGCAAAAUCCUAGCAAUUUUCCACCAAUUCAACAAAUCCCAAGUAAUAGUUUCCCAAUUUUGCAAAUCCCGAAUAAUUAUUGUUCGAACGUUAGACCUCAUAAUAAUAAUGAUGAUGAUGAUAGCAGCAGCAACAACUACAACAAAUUCCCGCAGCAACAGCAUCCUCAAGAAAAAUUACAGAACGAGGCGAUUGAAAGAGUUGAUAGGGCAGCUGUGACGGUUCGUGCUGACCUUUUGGCUUCUAAAGAGAAUGUAUCGGCUUGGAAAGUGUCGCAGGGUGCGUUACUAAUGGUAAAAGCGGAUUCUUGGGAGUCUUUGGGGUUUCAGAUGCAGCAAGUGCCCUCUAUAAACCGCCUUUUAGUCACUGAAGGAAAGAUUAAUGCCUUCAUCCACUGCUUUGCUGCUGUUAGAAGAAUUACUUCUUUGUAUGAUUUGGAAGUGGCAAUCUGCGAAAACGAGGGCAUUGAACGGUUUGAAGAGCUAGAAUUGGGUCCUUUGGUAAGACAUCCACUGGCCUUGCAUUAUUUUUCUGUGAGUCCUGAUGCUGCAGAAGUACACAGAAUAACAAGCGAAGAGAUAAUUUCCUACCUUGUCGAGUUCAUGGAUACUCAAAAAAGGAAACUUAAGGUUGAUGUUUUCUUGGAUUUUAUUGCCAAGAAGCAAUCUGUCUCCAACAGUGAAAACCUUUAUGUGCGCAUUCAGAACUUGAGAACAUAUGCUACUCACAUUCGACAAGCAAGACAAUCAGAAGAUCGAGCACUAGAAAAAUGCUUCGAGAAAAUGCAAAAGAAAUCUGCUAAAGGGGGCAGGAAACGCCCGCUCUUUUCUGCACAGAAAAAGCAGCUUGAUGACCAUUUUGGUUCGAUAUCCCAGCGCAUCAAAAAAUUUUGUGGCAAACACACAAGAUUUGUAUCUUCGAGUUCAGAAGAUUAUGAUAGUGAUGAUAAUGAAUCUGAAGAUAAUCAAAGUGAGAACAAUACACCCAGCAACUCCAGUACUUUACUACCAAAUCUUAGAGCAGGAGUCAGUAGCUGUCCUUAUCCAUCAGCAGCUGAAGAAAUGACACGGCUGGGUUUGAAAAGUGAUGUAGAUGGUAGCCUUUGUGUUCCUAGUGAUAGUGUAAGAUGCAGUGCUGAUACUGAGUCAUCUCAAAGAAAGAGAAAAUCUGAAAAUAUUAGUUUCAAAGCCUCUUCUCAGAAGCUGUUUAAAAGAGAGAAGUUUGACACAGAUAUCAAGGAAAAAGGUUUUAGCAAUCAGGGCACAAAUGAUUAUUUACUUCCCAAUGAUUCGUUAAGGAUGUUCAUUACAACUUGGAAGGAGGCAUGUCGGCUGAACAGUGUAGAGGAGGUUCUCGAGAGAAUGCUUCUGCUAUACAAUACAAAGAAAAAGAAGAAAGUCAAAGCAUUGUUUACAUCAUACCCAUGUGUUGGAUUGCUAAAUGUUGCAGUGACUUCUAUGAAAUUUGGAAUGUGGGAUAGUAUGUAUGACACUUUCCAAGCUUUGAGCCAACAAGAUUUGGCUGGCAACGUUUCUGAGAAUUCAGCGGAUUGCAUUAGCAUAGAUGUUGAACAAGCUGAAAAGGAUUUUGUCUCCAUAUCCCGGCAGAAAACUCUUAGGCGUGAGCAUGGAGUCACAGUUGAAGAUAUUGUGAAGAAACUUUCUGAAUAUUUUGAUGACGACAUCACAAGCUAUGAAAAUCCAUCUCGAGAAAAGAAAUUUUUUUUCUUGAGUGCACGAGAAAUCGAAGGCAAUUUAACUUCGAAGUGUCUCUUGUUUUCUGCACCUUUGUUAAAACCCCGUUGUGUUAGAGACCCAUUAUCCCAGAGCGAAAAAAAAAUGCAAGAAACUUCUGGUUCUGAAAUUUAUGUACCUAAAGAAGGAAUUUUUGGUACAGUUAGAUCCAAGGAUGCAAUUGAGAUGUUACUUAGAGCUCCAAUGUUAGCUGACUUGGACUUGUGGUCUCACUGGGACCUCGUAUUUGCUCCUUCUCUGGGUCCUAUUGUGGAAUGGUUGCUGAAUGAGGUCAACACCAAAGAGUUGUUAUUUUUGGCAACAAAAGAUGGCAAAAUAAUUCGUGUUGAUCAUUCAGCAACUUUAGACUCAUUCUUAAAAGUUUUCAUUGAAGGAUCUUCUUUUGAAACGGCAGUGCAACUACUGUCUUUGUAUGUAUUAUAUGGAGGUGAACAACACAUUCCUUUAUCACUUCUAAAGUGCCAUGCACGACAAGCCUUUGAAGUUAUAAUUAACAACUUAAUGGAGAUGGAGUUACAGAAGGAUCAGAAUCCCUUUGUUCACACAAAGCCAUUAUGUAAUCAGCAUAUAGUUGAUAAAAGCUCAUCCGGGAAUUUAGCCAUCAAUUUAUACAAAAACAAGAACGCAAUGAAUAAAGCAAUUCCUGUUGCUUCAAGGUUUAUACUUGAUUGUCUGAGUUAUUUGCCACUUGAGUUUUGCAGUUCUGCUGCAGAUGUAUUGCUUGCCGGGUUGCAAUAUUUUGUGAAGGAUGCAUCUUCAGCCAUCUUGACUGCAUGCAAGCAAAUAGAGCAGCGUCUCAUGCUUCAUGAAGUGGGGAUCUCUCUUGGGAUAGUGGAAUGGGUUAAUGAUUACCACUCAUUUCGUUCUUCUGUAGCAACUGAAACAUUGUCUUCUGGAUCUUCAUUCUCAAGUUUUCCUAAUUCUGAGUCCAAUACGCCCUCAAAGAUUAUGAAAGAUAUAUUGAACCAAGCACCUUCCUCUUUAGGUGAAAUGUUGGACUCCAAUGUUGUAGAUCGGCAUGAUGGCUAUGCUAAACUGGUCAGUAGCAUGGCUGAUUCAGCUAACGGUUCAGUUGAUGGUUUUGCUGUAAAUCCAGAGCAGCGUUUUUCCAUACAUGAUGAUCAUAGUGAUUAUGAUCCAGCCGGUGUUAUUGAAUCUAUUAGGCGAGAAGAAUUUGGUUUAGAUCAAAGUCUUUCAGUUACUGAAAAUAGAAUGUUGGGGAAACAACAUGCUCGUUUAGGCAGAGCACUACAUUGUCUCUCACAGGAGUUAUAUUCUCAGGAUUCACAUUUUCUUCUAGAGCUGGUUCAAAAUGCUGAUGAUAAUAUCUAUCCGGAAAAUGAAGAGCCCACUCUGACAUUCAUUCUUCAGGAAACAGGUAUUAUUGUGCUAAACAAUGAGCAAGGCUUUUCUGCUAAUAACAUCAGAGCUCUUUGUGAUGUUGGAAACUCAACAAAAAAGGGUCAGAAUGCUGGAUACAUUGGGAAGAAAGGCAUUGGCUUCAAAUCAGUAUUUCGGGUUACUGAUGCUCCAGAAAUCCACUCCAAUGGAUUUCAUCUUAAAUUUGAUAUAUCUGAAGGCCAAAUUGGUUUUGUUUUGCCCACAAUUGUUCCUCCCUGUAACAUUGACUUGUAUACGAGAUUGGCUUCUGCGGAUACUGAUCAACUGAAUCGCAACUCUUGGAACACAUGCAUAGUUCUUCCUUUUAGAUCAAACCUGUCUGAAGGCCUCCCCGUGAAUAACAUCAUAUCUAUGUUCUCAGAUCUUCAUCCAUCUUUGCUACUUUUUCUUCAUCGUCUUCAGUGCAUUAAGUUCAGAAACAUACUAGAUGAUUCACUAAUUGUUAUGAGGAAAGAAGUUGUAGGUGAUGGUAUUAUAAAAGUUGCAAUCGGGAAUGAGAAGAUGACUUGGUUAGUAGUGUCUCAGAAAUUGCAGGCUCAUAUCAUUCGUCCUGACGUACAAACAACAGAAAUCUCAGUGGCAUUUACGUUGCUGGAAACAGUUGAUGGAGAAUUGGUCCCAAUUCUUAACCAGCAGCCUGUUUUUGCCUUUCUUCCUCUUAGAACAUAUGGUCUUAAGUUUAUUCUCCAAGGUGAUUUUAUAUUGCCUUCAUCGAGGGAAGAGGUUGAUGGAAAUAGUCCAUGGAACCAGUGGUUACUCUCCGAAUUCCCAGGCUUGUUUUUUGGUGCAGAGAGAUCUUUUUGUGAUCUUCCUUGUUUUAGGGGGAGCCCUGGAAAGGCUGUUGCAGCAUUUAUGAGUUAUAUUCCACUUUUGGGGGAAGUCCAUGGGUUUUUUGCUAGCCUUCCACGGAUGAUACUUUCUAAAUUGCGCUUGUCAAAUUGCUUACUGCUGGAAGGUGAUGAGAAAGAAUGGGUUCCUCCUUGCAGGGUUCUGAGAAAUUGGACUGACCAAGCUCGUUCUCUAUUACCAGAUAGUUUACUUCACGAGCAUCUUGGCCUUGGUUACUUGAAUAAAGAUAUAGUUAUAUCUGAUACAUUAGCAAUGGCUUUAGGCGUAGAAGACUAUGGACCCAGAAUUUUACUUAAGGUUAUUAUUUCAUUGUGCUGUUCAGAUAAUGGUCUGAAAUCGAUGGGCUUCAGUUGGUUAUCUUUUUGCCUCAGUGCCAUUUAUGUGUUGUCGUCACAUUCUUCUGGUCAAACUCCCUCCAGUCGUGAGACUGGAUCGGAUAUCACAUGUGAACUUCGGAGAACCCCAUUUAUUCCUCUUUCGGAUGGUAAAUACAGUUCAGUGGAAGAAGGCACCAUUUGGUUGCAUUCUGAUGUUGUAGAUCUAGGGAUUAAUGAUGAAUCUGUUUUCAAGGUUUUCCCUAAACUGUAUGAUAGGCUGCGGAUUGUGAGUCCCAACCUCAUUUCUGCAGCUGCUUCUGUUGAGAACUCCUCCUCUGACACGUCCAUAGUGGAGAAUGUUACAAGGCUGCUUUAUCGAGUAGGUGUUCAGCAGUUAUCCGAUCAUGAAAUUGUGAAGGUUCACAUCCUACCAGCUCUCUCUGGUGGUGGAAGUGGAUUGGGACUGGAAGAACUGAUGACAGAGUACCUCUCUUUUGUAAUGUUCCAUCUACAAUCAGGUUGUACUACCUGUAGCACAGAAAGGGGGGACAUUAUUUCAGAGUUACGGGACAAGGCUCUAAUCUUAACAAAUUAUGGCUACAAACGACUUAGUGAGGUGCCGAUCCAUUUUAGUAUAAACUUUGGAAAUCCUGUUGAUGUAAAUAAGUUAAUUAUUGGCCUUGAUGUGAAAUGGCACGAAAUUGACACGGCCUAUUUGAAGCAUCCAAUUACCAAAUUAGUAUCUAGUGGAAUGCUGAAGUGGAGACAUUUCUUACUAGAAAUAGGAGUAACUGAUUUCGUGAAAAUAGUUCAAGUUGAGAAGUGUAUUUCUGAUACGUCUCAUGAUGCAAUGAAGACUACAUUGUGGAAUGGAGACAUGUUUCCUACGAGUUCUGUGGCCAAAAAUUGGGAAUCUGAAGAGUUGUUUCAUUUGCUAUCAAAACUGUCUUUGAGAGGCAAUCAGGAAAAGUGCAAGUACUUCUUGGAGGUGCUUGAUACGCUAUGGGAUGACUAUUUUAGUGAUAAGGUUACCGGUUAUUGCAUUGAUUCCACUGGUGAAAGCAAACCAUUCAAAUCAUCACUUAUGUGCGUCCUCCACGAUGUUUCAUGGAUAGUGUCGAGUAUAGAUAAUGAACUUCAUUUUCCUAAAGAUUUAUUCCACGACUGCACAGCAGUUAACUCGGUUCUAGGUGUUAGUGCCCCUUAUGCCAUUCCGAAGGUGAGGAGCAGAAAGUUGGUAGAUGAUAUUGGUCUAAAAACUGAGGUUACUCUUGAUGAUGCUCUAUCUAUUCUACAAGUUUGGAGAAGAUCUGAAAUAUGUUUCAAGGCUAGCAUCUCUCAAAUGUCAGAUUUUUACACAUUCAUCUGGAAAGAAAUGUCUACGUCAAAGCAGAAAAUAGUGGAGGAAUUACGUUCUGGACCUUUUAUUUUUGUUCCAUGUGCAUCCAACUCUUCACGUGAGGAUGCAAUACCUGGUGCCUUUUUAUCACCUCAGGAAGUAUAUUGGUACGAUAGCACUGGUUCCAUGGACCAAAUGAAGUUGAAUGAUCAGGACUGUGUUUCAAAUAUUGCAAGUUCCUUGAGAAAAAUGCUACGUAAUUUUUAUCCUAACCUUCAUGACUUCUUUGUAAAUGAGUGUGGAGUGGAUGAGAUUCCUCCUUUCCGUAGCUACCUCCAGAUUUUGCUGCAGUUAUCUACUGUUGCUUUACCUCACCAGGCUGCAAAGACAGUUUUCCAGGUUUUCUUACAUUGGGGUGAUGCAAUAAUAUCUGGAUCGAUGAGUUUGGAAGAUGUUGAGUACCUGCAAGAUAGUCUUCUGAAAAAGGAAUAUGCUGUGCUUCCCACUAGACAAGAUAAAUGGGUUUCUCUACACACAUCAUUUGGUCUUGUCUGUUGGUGUGAUGAUGAUGAUUUAGGAAGGGAAUUCAAGCAUCUAGAAGGUGUCAACUUUCUGUACUUCGGGGAAUUUCCUGAUGAAGAACACUUGAUGCUUCAUGCAAAAAUCUUAAUCAUUAUGAACAGAUUAGGGAUUCCUGCUCUCUCAAAGAUUGUAACUCGCGAGGCAAUAUAUUAUGGUCCAGCAGACUGUAGUUUCAUAUUUUCUCUGGUGAAUUGGGCUCUUCCUUAUGCUCAACGCUAUAUCUUGAAUGCGCAUCCAGAUAAAUUUUUUCAACUGAAGCAGUCUAAUUUUGAAGAUCUGAGGCGUUUGAAGAUUGUUGUUGUUGAAAAGUUGUUUUACCGUAAUGUUAUGAAGUGCGAGAUUACAUCAAAGAAAAGAUAUGAAUGUAGUUGCCUAUUACAGGACAACAUCCUAUACUGCAGUCGAGAAUCAGAUUCCCACUCAAUAUUCAUGGAACUUUCUCGCUUACUAUACGAUGGAACGCCCGAAUUGCAUUUUGCAAAUUUUCUUCACAUGAUCGUGACCAUGAUAGAAUCACAUUCAACUGAGGAGCAAAUAGAGUUCUUCAUUUUGAACAGCCAAAAGGUGCCAAAACUCCCUACCGAAGAACCUGAGUGGUCCCUUUCAGUGGAGAAGAAUGCAACACUAGUGGAAAAUUCUGUUUCAAGAAAGACAGAGGAACAAAACCCUACAGUGUUCAAGAGGAGACCUGGCAUCAACUCAAAUUGGCCACCUGCUGAUUGGAAAACUGCACCUGGUUUCAAUUUUGCCUGUCGUACAGUUGGAUUCAAUACACCAGCAGGUAGCGGCCUGCAGCAAACUACAAAGAAGGAUGGUAUCAAAGAAAAUGUUGAAAAAUCGGUGGUUGAGGCCGGCAGUGAAUCAACUAUAGAUGGUGAUCCAAUAGUAAUUAGUCCACCAGCUUCACUAAAUGCUGAGAUUUCAGAAAGUAUGUUUAAUUUGGCAAGCAACACGAUUGAUUCUGAUAUGAAUGUGGCACUUGAUUCUGUUGAUCUCGUCGAUAGCCUGAAUUUUAGUUCAUCAAAUUCUAUGGAGAGAGAUCACUUAUAUGUAGAUGCCGCCAAUGCACAACAGGCAUUGUUUACAGGGAGACUAGGAGAGUUUGUAGCUUUCAAAUAUUUUACCGAGAAAGUCAAUGGAAUGUUUGUGAAAUGGGUCAAUGAAGCUAAUGAAACUGGGCUACCCUAUGACAUUACUAUAGGUGGUGAUGAAAAUAGGGAAUACAUUGAAGUCAAAGCAACCAAAUCCGCAAGAAAGAAUUGGUUUGUUAUAACAAUGAGAGAGUGGCAAUUUGCAGUUGAGAAAGGUGAGUCUUUUAGCAUAGCUCAUGUGACUUUAUCUGGUAAAAAGAUGGCAAAGAUUACCAUAUAUAAAAAUCCAGCAAGACUCUGCAAGCUUGGUAAUCUAAAGUUAGCCAUGCUGGUGCCAAAAUAG